AUCUCAGAGGCAGUCAGACUGAAGGGAACAGGUUGAAGGGAGCAGGAGAGGCUCGUUUAUUCAAAUACUGUUGGUUGCAGAUUGUAACCGGAUCUAACACGCAAACUGAUGUUCAGGAGACUUUUACCAGGAGCUGAAUUAUCCACAGAGGUCUCUUGCUCUCCAAAACAAAGGAAGGGCUCAGCGCAGCGUGGGUGCCCAGGGAUCCACUGCCUGAGUGCGGGGAGAGCAGCGGCCGAGACCCCAGAGACAUGAACCACACCAAGGGAGGCCUGGUCAUCUUCACCGCCAACUCACACCCCGCCAGCCGCGAGCUAGGCAAGAGGAUUUCAGAGCGGUUAGGGGUGGAGCUUGGCAAGGUGCAGGUGUACCAGGAAGCUAACAGAGAAACACGGGUACAGAUCCAGGAGUCGGUGCGAGGCAAAGAUGUCUUUGUGAUCCAGACAGUGUCCAAGGAUGUGAACACCACCAUAAUGGAGAUGCUGAUCCUGGUGUAUGCGUGCAGGACGUCCUGUGCCAGAAGCAUCACGGGUGUCCUCCCUUACUUCCCCUACAGCAAGCAGUGUAAGAUGAGGAAGAGAGGCUCCAUCGUCUCCAAGCUGAUCGCCUCCAUGAUGUGUAAAGCUGGUCUCACCCACCUGAUCACCAUGGACCUCCAUCAGAAAGAGAUUCAAGGCUUCUUCAACAUCCCAGUGGACAAUCUGAGAGCCUCGCCCUUCCUGCUGCAGUACAUACAGGAAGAGAUCCCUGACUAUAGAAAUGCUGUGAUUGUGGCCAAAUCUCCAGCCUCUGCCAAAAGGGCUCAGUCGUUCGCCGAGCGGCUGCGUCUGGGUAUCGCAGUGAUCCACGGUGAAGCUCAGGACGCGGAGUCGGACCAGGUUGACGGGCGACACUCCCCACCCACCGUCAAGACCACCGGAGCCAUCCACCCCAGCAUGGAGAUACCAUGUAAGGCACACAGCAACGAUAAAUCCUGUGAACACAAUCUAACAGAAUACAGUAAUUAUGACUGUUUCCUGUGUGUCCUUUUGUUUCCAGUGUUGAUCCCUAAAGAGAAGCCUCCCAUUACUGUGGUUGGAGAUGUAGGAGGACGCAUCGCCAUCAUAGUGGAUGACAUCAUCGAUGACGUCGACAGUUUUGUGGCAGCAGCGGAGACGCUAAAGGAGAGAGGGGCCUACAAGAUCUAUGUCAUGGCAACGCACGGCAUCCUCUCCUCGGACGCCCCCAGGUUCAUCGAAGAGUCGGCCAUUGACGAGGUGGUGGUGACCAACACGAUUCCCCAUGAGCUCCAGAAGCUCCAGUGUCCAAAGAUCAAGACGGUGGACAUCAGCAUGAUCCUGUCGGAGGCCAUCCGCCGCAUCCACAACGGAGAGUCCAUGUCCUACCUGUUCCGCAACAUCGGAGUGGACGACUGAACGACCUGACACACACACACACACACACACACACACACACACACACACACACAUACAUACAUACAUACAUACAUACAUACAUACAUACAUACAUACAUACAUACAUACAUACAUACAUACAUACAUACAUACACACACACACACACACACACACACACAUACAUACAUACACACACACACACACAUACCAUUUGCCUUUUCAGAUCGCUCCAGAAACAUAGAGGUGAAUGUCAGACACUGCACACACAGAUAUAUCCAUUUCCUGCGUGUAUCAUAACAUACAAAUUUAACAGCUAACACUUUCCUUUGCUUAAAGGGACAGUUUGGACUUUUUGAAGUGGCGUUGUAUGAAGCUCUUAUCUAUAGUCAGUGUAUUACCUACAGUAGAUGUCAGUCGUCACGCUUCCAGUUUGGAGAAGCAGGCAGGAGCACUGACAUGGAAGCUUCGAAAUGUGCUGCUGUGGACAGGGCAGCAGCAAAACGUAUUUCAGCCACCUAAAAACAAUCAUUACCAGCGUACACUAUAUUUAGGACAUUUUCACUGCUUUAUCUUGCUGUCAGACAGCGAUUUCCAACAAGGAAGCCUUUAAGCUCUCGUCAAAGCAACCAGACUCUAGAGGAAAACAGUAAUGUUACCUCACAGAUCACAGGAGCUGCUGGUCUACCACUGCCUUCAUCAGUUCGUUAGUGUUUUAGGUUUGCAACUAAAAAACAUUAUCGAUUAAUCUACAGAUUAUUUUCAUGAUUAAUUGUUUAGUCUAUUGAAAAAAAAAAAAAAUACGAAAUCUGGUCUGUACAAUUUCUAAAAGCCCAAACUGACGCCUUCAGUUUGCUUCCUUUGUUCAACCUGCAGUCCAAAACCUAAACACUCUUCAUUAACUUUUAAAGUCAGUAGAACUUAUUGACCUUGAACGAACGUGAGCUAUCAUUAACGUCUAAGAAAAGCAGCAAACUCUCAUAUCUUGGAAGCUGGAACCAGCAAGUUUUGCUUGAAAAAUUACCGAAAUGAUUAUUCAGUUGCCAGAAUAGUUCGCAAUUAAUUUUCCUUCAAUGUGGAUUUGGUGUUUUAAGUGUGACUUCGGUGAAUCCAAACAAGCUAACUGAUGGAGGCAGUGGUAGACCAGCAGCUCCUGUGUUCUGGGAGGUAAAAUCACUGUUUUUGUCAAUGGAGUCUGGCUUUGAAGAGAGCAGGGAUAACAGCCUUAGUUCCCCGUCAAUAAUUGCUGUGUGAUGGGAAGAUAAAGCGGUGGAAAUAUUCUAAACAUAGCGUACGCUUAAACUGAGGUGAGGUGGCUGAAACAUAUUUUGUGGCUGUCACUCAAUAACACAUGCUAACUGAUUGAGGCAGCGUUAGACCAACAGCUCCUGUGUUCAACAUGCUUAAAUGAGUGUUUUUCUAAAUGGAGUCUGGUGGCUUUGACGAGAGCAUCGAUGGGAAACUGCAGCUGUUAACUGCUUUAGUGUUGGAAAGGGCCGUUUGAUGCCAAGUUAAGCAGUGAAAAUAUCCUCGGUAGAUAUUUUUAGGUGGCUAAAGUAACAUUUUUCUGCUGCAAUUUGCUUCUCCAAACUGUGGGCGCACUGACUGACAUCUACUGUAGGUAACACACUGACUAUGACCUCACACAGCCCUGCUUCCAAGAUCCAAACUAUCCCUUUACCAUAGAAGAUGACUGAAUACAAACACACACACACACACACACACAUACACACACAUAUAUGACUGAACACACUGAUCUGUGUCCUUCACGGACAUGAAUAGACUACUGCCUGUUUCUCUGAAAGCUGCCCUCUCAUCAGACACCUCAGUUUUUCUACUCCUCUCUUUUCUGAGUACCUUCGUUAGUCACCUCUCCAUCUUGUCACAUUUCUUUCCACAGAAACCAUCGAUGUUGCGUCUGCGAUCGUUAGAACAUACGGUAGCAUCGAAUGUCUCUCGCGGUACGUUUAGUUUCAGAAAGAGUGCCAGUGCCUUCUGCAGGACACAACACACAGGCCUUCACCGCUCCGAUACACGACUGUGUCUCAGCUAACACGACUAACUCAUAACGGCCCCUGUAAUUAACCCAGGAUGAUGCAGGUUCCCGACUAAUUAACUUAGAAUCAGAGCGCAUGUUUAACCCUCUGUCUGAGUUUUGUUAUUUUACGUGUUGGCUGAAUGUGUUGCUAACAUAGUUUAGAGUCCAACCAACUCGCUGUGUGUGUGUGUGUGUGUGUGUUCGUUCGCUAUAGCACUUAGAUGCUGAUCUGGUGUCAAAUCUACUCAUUGCUAAAACACAACUGGAAUUAACAGAAAACAUUUCUCAGUCUGGUUAAUUGGACGUAACAAACAUUUUGUUAAGUUUGCAUUCAUGACUCAUCCAUGUUACAUAGCGUGCCAUCAUUUCAGUGCUCAUAUAUUUUUAUGUUUGUUCAUGCCACAGACGAUCCAGAUUUUUGUUUUGAUACAAGUUCUGCAGUUUGACUCUCUGGUUAGAGGUGGGAGGUUGUUGAUAAUCACAUGUACAAAUGGAUAAAUGAACGUUAUGACGAGACUGAUGAGGUUUGAUUAAAACACACACGUUACCUGAGUUUCACAGAUUGAGGUUUCAAACUGCAGCUAAAGACGAAAAAGUAAAAUCGAAACGUUUUCUGACGAGCAAAACUUGACUGAAGCAGGUCUUUGUCACUUUACCAGAUGUGUUCCAAAAAUGUUUUGUAUUUAUUUUCAGCACUUAAUAUGAAUAAAUAUGACCUAUGAAAGUAAA